CCCCCAACUUCACGCAUCCCAAUGCUCCGUACCCACCAACAAAUUUAUGUAAAAAUACCCUCCCCAGACGUUAUCACAUGGCACUGACUGAAACCUGAGGGUCAGACAGACCCAAGUGUCUUUCCUCUUUACUUCCCCCUCCCCCAAGCCCCUUCCGUUACGCUCGCCGUCCCGUUUACCCGCCCCCUCCGGUUAUAUCCCAACUACGGUUAGUUAAGUUAGAGGGAUACAAAGCUGAGAGAGUGAGAGAGAGUUAAGUUAAAGCAACUAAAGUCGCGUAUAAUAAGACGCGCGCAAGGCGGUGUUGGGCGAUUCUCUCUUACGCCGUUUUUUUCCAUAAGACAUAGAGUGCCUUGCGUUCGAUAGAGUUUCUAGAGAGAGAGAGAGAGAGAGUGUGGUUUUGCGAGCUCCGAAGGUGGUUUCGUAACGGUUCCCAGGGUGGAGAAGGUGGUUUUGCUUACGGUUUCGAUUGCAGUCGUUACAGGGAGAAAAAGAGAGACAGAGAGAGAAAGAGAGCGCUUGUGACUCGGUUUUAAAGCGCCGUACUGGAAGCGAAAAGUCGGAGCUUUUGUAAUAAUUCGUGCUAACGGCUUGGGAAUGAUCAUAAAUUUAGUGUGAAAUUGAGGUGUAUUAUUUGUAUAUAGUGAGGGGAUUCAGUGUGUCGGAAAGAUCUUUAGGUGAGCUUUUCUUUUGUGUAUUUGACUCGGGUUUCAAUGAUGGCAUAUCGGGACGGGUCUUUUGCGCAGUCAAAUGUUUCGGCGGAAGGUUGUGGAAGGGAUGAUCUGUAUUUGGAGUUAUGGAAAGCUUGCGCGGGCCCCCUGGUGGACGUGCCUCGGUCCGGCGAGAGGGUUUUCUAUUUUCCGCAGGGGCACAUGGAACAAUUGGAGGCAUCCACAAAUCAGGAGCUGGAUCAUAGGAGUCCACUGUUUCAACUCCCCCCGAAGAUUCUCUGUCGUAUUCUCAACGUUGAUCUGCUGGCGGAGCAAGAAACAGAUGAGGUUUAUGCACAAAUUACUCUAGUUCCAGAUGCAGAUCAAAAUGAGCCUACAAGUCCUGAUGACUGCCUUCCUGAACCUCCAAGGCCUACGGUUCACUCGUUCUGCAAAGUUUUGACAGCUUCUGAUACGAGUACGCAUGGCGGGUUUUCUGUUUUACGCAAACAUGCCACAGAAUGCCUUCCUCCUCUGGACAUGACCCAGUCGACCCCAACUCAGGAAUUGGUUGCUAAGGAUCUUCAUGGUUAUGCGUGGCAUUUCAAGCAUAUUUUCAGAGGUCAACCACGGAGACAUUUGCUUACCACGGGAUGGAGUGUUUUUGUGACAUCUAAGAGAUUAGUUGCUGGGGACUCCUUUGUAUUUCUGAGGGGAGAAAAUGGGGAGUUGCGAGUUGGGUUGAGGCGUCUUGCCCGUCAACAGAGCAGCAUGCCAUCAUCGGUGAUUUCAAGUCAGAGCAUGCACUUAGGAGUGCUUGCAACUGCAUCUCACGCUGUUGCAACCCAAACUAUGUUUGUAGUAUUUUACAAGCCAAGGACAAGCCAGUUCAUAAUAAGCUUGAAUAAGUAUUUGGAAGCUGUUAACAAUAAGUUUGGAGUUGGCAUGAGAUUUAAGAUGAGUUUUGAGGUAGAGGAUUCCCCAGAGAGAAGGUUUUUGGGCACAAUAAUUGGGAUUGAAGAUUUUUCUUCCCGUUGGAAAGGUUCGAGGUGGCGAUCUCUAAAAGUUCAAUGGGAUGAACCAGCAUCGAUUCCAAGACCAGAUCGGGUUUCACCAUGGGAGAUAGAGCCCUUUGUGCCUUCAGUACCUGCAAGCCUGGCUCAACCCACUCCAGCAAAGAACAAAAGGUCUCGAACGCCUAUUGAAAUUGCAAAUCUUGAUGAUACUAGUUUGACUGGAUCAACUCUCUGGAAUCCUACAUUGGUGCAGUCUGAUGAAAUGACACAUUUAAUGGCUGAAGGCAAAAGAAGUGAAAAUCAUGUUAUGUGGCAUCACAAGCAGACAGAUAUUAACAACAGCAACCCAAUUUCAAGGACUCAGACUGGUGGGAGCUGGUUCUCUCCUCAUACACAUGUCACCCACCAUCAAUUUCAGGAUGCGGUGGAUGAUUGCAAAAGUGUGUCUGGUUGGCCUUCUCUCUCAGGCUUUACAACUGCACACUCAUCAAAGCUGAGCAAUGACCCGUUGCCUGACACUGUUGAGAAAGCGAAGAAGAGAGCUGACACUGCUUCUGGGUGCCGAUUGUUUGGUAUUGAGCUGAUUAAUAACUCUACAAGCUCAACUCCUAUGAUGAAGGCAACUGCACAACCAAUUAGCGUGUCAAGUGGAUCCAGUGAAGGACGAAGUACCCCAUCAGCUACUUAUUCAGACCAUAAGUCUGAUCUCUCAAAAGGUUCACAAGAAAAGGAACUGGGACAGCUGCAAGUACUGCCAAAAGAGAGCAAGCAAAACUGCUCUACUUCAACCAGAAGUCGCACCAAGGUUCAAAUGCAGGGGGUUGCUGUUGGUCGUGCUGUGGACUUAACCAUGUUGGAAGGAUAUAGUCAGCUUAUAGAUGAACUUGAGGACAUGUUUGACAUCAAGGGACAGCUUCGCCCCCUUGACAAGUGGCAAAUUGUCUAUACUGAUGACGAAGGUGAUAUGAUGCUCAUGGGAGAUGAUCCAUGGCAGGAAUUCUGUAACAUGGUGAGAAGAAUCUUGAUUUGCUCCAGCUUGGACGUGAAGAAGCUGAGCCCAGGAAGUAAAUUGCCCAUGUCGUCUAUAGAAGGUGAAGGGACUGUAAUAAGCUCGGAUUCUGCAGAAUACUGAAACAUGGACCUGUGACUUUUUUUUUUUUCCUGUUCAUCAUUAUUGUCUGUCUGUUUGCUAGUGGGUCGAUAUUUUUGGUGCUGGGGGGGACAUAUUGCUUUUAGAGCUAACUUGAAACUAAAAAGUGCUGAUUAUGCAGUAGUGGGGGAGUUAGAGAGUCCAGGCUUAGAGAAUCUUGUGAAUACUGCGCAUGGAAAUUGUGGUGUAGAAGUGAGAGAGCUUGCUGAUGAACAGGACUCAUGGUCAGUCACCGUGAUAUAAGCGUAAUGAAUAAUUUUUUUUUUUGGGGGGGGGGGGGGGGGGGUGGGGGAUUGUGAUUGUAAAUAGACGUGCUUUAGAACUGUUAUGUUGCUAUUUAGCAAGUGCUUUAGACUGUCAGCUACAUUAGCUUUUCAUUUCUUUUGGACUAGGGUUGGACUGCUAUGCAUGCAGCAUGCACCUCGAGCGGAAAAAGAUCAUUGAAAUCAUUGUAAAUAAUAAAUAAGUCUUGAUUUUUAUGCGGUAA